UGACAUUGUUCCGACCUGACCCUCAUCCCUUAGCGGGCCUUAGACGUGAGCACAUUUCUGCAGGUUAGGCAGGUUAGCUCACUAUUCACCGACCACUAGAUCUGCAGUGUCUCGUUUCUCUCUCCCUGAAUGGUGAUUUCAUAUCUCUUUCUAAAAGGAAACCAAAAACAUAUUCGUACCUUGUACAGCACGUUCCCCUGGGUUCAUGUUCGUGAAGGGUCUCUCUUUCUGCGUCGAGAUAUGCUCAUAACAUUACUAUCUUUCAUGCUUUCAUCCCUUCUCUUUUGUCUGACUAGUCUGACAGUGACAGCUGGGGAACCGACUACCCUGCGCAAAUUGGAUCAACGUACAAUCAAAGGGUCUGGAGCUGCUAUAGGAUUGAUACGGACCGAAUCCCAGCGAAGCCGGCAAAUUAGUAGGAUUCAGUUAUGAUGCAGCAUGCCAUCCCGUGCCUGUGCGGAAAUGUCGCAUAGGAGGUCAGCCUGGAGCCGUCGAUGGAUCUUUCCACUCCCAAUCUAUACCACUGUACUGCCUGUCGCACGACUAUAGGAAUGCUAUGCUCUACAUACUACCCUCUACAGACUAGGCCACAGAACCUAGACAACUUACGCGAGUACCAGCAAUUUGAGUAUAUAGUCCGCUAUUUCUGUAACACCUGUGACGCCUACGCCUUGGCAUGUUCGAGGCCCUCAGAACGAUAUUUCGUGGCAUCCGGAUUGCUGGUGGAUAAUGGAAAUACACAUCGGACUCGAUUGCUGCGGCAUUGGCGAACAUCUGAAACGCGCGAUGGUGGUCUGACUUCUUUCCUCACCGGGGAGCAACAUCUUCCAUGGCCUGACCUACUUGUUCCGUAUUAUACUCAUUCAUCAGAGAACACUACCGAUGUGAAGUGGUGGCUGCGGGAGGCGAAUAUCAAGUAUUUAACUGGGACUUGCGCCUGUCCGUCCUGUCGUCUAGCCAGUGGAUGUCCCAUUCAACCAUGGGCAUUCAUCCCCAAAGCUAAUCUAUUCGACGCCUGUAAAGCACCGCUCGCAUUCGGUGCAGGCACCAUGCAGCGGUACGAAAGCAGUCCGGGCGUUUAUCGGGAAUUUUGCAAGCAUUGUGGCGCUUCGGUCUUUUGGAGUAGCGAUCAGAGACCCUUAUUGAUAGAUGUCAGUGUCGGGCUGCUUCGUUCACCUGAAGAAUCGCGAGCGAGCCAAUGACUAGAUUGGGAGACCUCGAGAGUUAGCUUUGCGAAGAUGGCCUUGGAUAAGACUUUGAUUGAUCGACUACAGACAGGGCUUAAAGAAUGCGCGAUUGAAGGUCCCUAGUUAGCUAGUCUUUG